AUGAGAAGUCAUCGCGAGGCGCCGUCGUCGUCCAGGUUACGAUUGGGCUGUUUGAAGCAAGUGUGUUGUGAGCUAGACUGUCUCCGGUUACUAUUAUCUGCAGGAGCAAAUCCAUCAGCCCCUGAUAUAUUAGGUGGUUGCCCACUUCAUUACGCCGCUCAACUAUGUGGAGCACCGCUUGCUCAAGGCGCAGUACCAGGACAUGCUCUUCGAAUCCUGAAAGAAUUGCUUAACGCGAAAGGUACAUCGGUCCAUGUGGUUGAUCAUGAAGGGCGAUCGCCUCUUCUUUGGGCAGCUGCUGCCGGUAGUCCAGAAGCUGUCAUAGCCCUGAUAAAAGCUGGAGCUCAUGUGGAAGCAGCUGACAGGGAUGGUUUAACGGCUUUACAUUGUGCUGCGUCUCGUGGUAAUACAGGGUGUAUAGAAACACUUAUCACUUUAUGCGGAGCUGCUGUUGAUGUUAUAGAUUGCAAUGGUUGCACUUCGUUACAUUAUGCAGCCACACUUGGACACGCCGAUGCUACUUCUUUGUUACUUGAUUUAGACGCCGCACCUGAUAGACAAGACCGUAAAGGACGUACACCUGCUCAUUGUGCUUGCGCUAAAGGACAAUUAGAAACUGUUAAAAUUCUAGCAAAUCAUAAGGCUAAUUUAUGGAUACGUAAUAUCAAAGGCGAUCUUCCACUCCAUGAUGCAGUAGCAUCAGGUAGACGCGAAUUGGUUUUAUAUCUCCUGCAACUGAAAGAUGGAUUUAUAAAUUCUAGUGGACAUGAUGGAAAAACUUUGUUACAUAUAGCAGCAAGUCCAUGA